AAAAUAAUGAUUAAUUGGGCAGCAAAUGAUAUGUGUCAAAAUAAUCAUUAAUUACAAUGGGUGAAGAAGCAUAUUUAGAAAUGUGCUCAAUGUGGUCCAGUUGACACUAUGAGUAGAUAUGGAUGUGUUUAAUGCAAUAUAUAUUAUUGUGUAAAAUGCAGAUAGCCUCCUGUAAUGGGAGAUUUUUGUGGAGGAGGACAUGAGUAUAUUUUAUCAAUAAUAGAUUGAAAUAUGUUCCUAAUUUGAAAUAUCAUUCUUGCGAUGUUUGUAGAGGUUCAAUUUCUGGAGGUGCAUAUAGAUGUUAAGAAUGUGAUUAUGAUGUAUGUGAAAAAUGUUGGAUAGUAAAAGAAGAUUGAUUAGUAUAUAUAUAUAAUUU